GGAAACAAUUGCAUGGACAUGAGAAGAAGUCUGUGCUACAGAAACUACUACGCCGACAACCAAACCUGCGACGGAGAGCUCCUGUUCAACAUGACCAAGAAGAUGUGCUGCUGCUCCUACAACAUCGGCAGAGCCUGGAAUAAGCCCUGCGAGCAGUGUCCGGUCCCGAGCACAGAUGAAUUUGCUACCCUCUGUGGAAGCCAAAGGCCAGGCUUUGUCAUUGACAUUUACACUGGCCUACCCGUGGAUAUUGAUGAAUGCCGGGAGAUCCCAGGGGUCUGUGAGAAUGGAGUGUGCAUCAACAUGGUCGGCAGCUUCAGGUGUGAGUGUCCAGUGGGAUUCUUUCUAUAACGACAAGUUACUGGUUUGUGAAGGUGAGUGUGACUGUACCACAUCUACAAACAAAGCACCUUGCAAAUUCUACACCACUGGACUCAACUCAAGAGCUAGAAUAGAAAAAUACAUCGUAG